CUUGCACCCGGAAAUGGGAAAGUAAACAUCCAGGCUGCGUUAAAGGCUCGAACUUCCAGCGCUCUUGUAGUUUUUUGAGCGUUUAUGUUUAUGUUUUUGUAAUAAUUUCAACCAAGUGGGCCAGUUAAAUUAACAUCCCUCGUGUUUUUUUUAGACCAGUGAGCGUUGGUUCGACGGCUACUCGUGGUCCAAAAAGCAGUUAGCAUCGUCGCUAAUGAUCCAGGAUGUCUACAGACGGGGAUCAGUCUCUGCCUCUGGUCCGCUCCCUCAACACUCGCAUCCCCAUCACUGUUGUCUUCUGUAACCGCAGUGCCCGCCUGGUGCAGCCGCUGUGGAUAGACUUCCGCGGGGAGCCGCGGCCGUACAACGACUUGCAGCCGAGAACCGGACGAAGAGUGACAACUUACGUCGGUCAUCCAUGGAUGUUUAAAGAUGCAGAAAGCGAUGACCUGUUGCGGGUGAAUGGUAAAGAGCUGUUCCUACCUGCUUUAGCAGGUGGUGGAAGCGCUGCGUUUGUAAAUAUCACCUUACCAGUUUACAGCCUCAAGGACCGCGCCCUUCAGGUGAUCCGACGCCUGGUACGACCGGGGGACUACGGCAGCUUGGAAAUAGCGCGGAGUCUCGUCGAGGAGCUGGGGGAUCCGCCCAGUUUGGCGAAGAGUCUACGGCGCUUGAAUCAUCGAGUAGAGCGGCAUUUAAUAGAGAGAAUCCAAGGACACGGGGAGUGAGUCACAGGGAGACUCGCCGACUCUGGAGAAUCGGAGACGCAACGACGCGGCAGAUCAAGACUGAACUGGUCAGCUACAUUUCCUCUCUCUACUUGGAACUGAAUGAGAUCAAUAUGGCUUUUCUAGGCACUCCAAAUUGAUUGUCGACCCUCAGGAAAAUAUCCCUGUAGCCUCUUGAGCGCUGCGUAGUGGCCCGUCAGUACACUUCAAAGUGUAUAUUAUAUACACUGCACACUCAGUUCCUGACGGGGCGUAUUUCGACAGUGCCGUGCUAUUACUGUUGUUGUGCACUUACCGGAAAAUACUUCUUCUCUCCUUUUGAAUUGUGAACUUCAACCACUCGAGUUAGUCCCUCCCCUUCCGCCACUCAGCCGAGAUGGCGACUAUUGAGGGAGGUUAGGCUCCACUCACAAUUUGAGGCGUAUUAAGUACAACAUGCGCGUACUUCCCAGUGUGAACGCACUUAUGCACUCAAAAUGAGACUAAAUUGUGACAGAAUACAUAUUUGUGGUGGGGGAACCUAAAUAAAUAAUGUUUUUCAUGGCAUUUUAAGAGUGUGCGUAGAUGUUCUUAGCUGAUGUAUGUGACAAUGGAACAUAUGUUUUUAGCCACUCGGUAAAUAGAAACUACUGUUUUGUUUUGUUUUGUCUCAUGAAAAAUCUAAAUUUUGACUUUACAGAUAAAACUUACGAAAUUACAUCUGGUUAUUACCUGUGGAAAACGGCUUGCUGGCAAAAAUUUGUACGUAGUUGGUGUAGCGCAUGUCACAUGACCAACGUAAGAUCCGACGAAAACAUCUGGUUUUGCGGGCUAGCAUUAGCUUAUAGCUAUGGAUUGACCUCACUUUGCUUUCAAAGCAUUAGAAGGAAGACUAUUGAAGGAGGUUGAGCUCCACUCACAAUUUGGGGCGUAUUAAGUAGAACAUGCGCUUACUUAUGCACUCAAAAUUAGACUAAAUUGUGACAGAAUACGUAUUUGUGGUGGGGGAACCUAAAUAAAUAGUGUUUUUCAUGGCAUAUUAAAAGUGCAUAGAUGUUCUUAGCUGAUGUAUGUGACAAUGGAACAUAUGUUUUUAGCCACUCUGUAAAUAGAAACUACUGUUUUGUUUUGUUUUUGUCUUAUGAAAAAUCUAAAUUUUGACUUUACAGAUAAAACAUAAGAAAUUAAAUCUGGUUAUUACCUGUGCAAAACGGCUUGCUGGCAAAAAUGUGUACGUAGUUGGUGUAGCGCAUGUCACAUGACCACCGUAAGAUCCGACGAAAACAUCUGGUUUUGCGGGCUAGCAUUAGCUUAUAGCUAUGGAUUGACCUCACUUUGCUUUCAAAGCAUUAGAAGGAAGACUAUUGAAGGAGGUUGGGCUCCACUCACAAUUUGGGGCGUAUUAAGUAGAACAUGCGCAUACUUCCCAGUGUGAACGCACUUAUGCACUCAAAAUGAUACUAAAUUGUGACAGAAUACAUAUUUGUGG